AUAAAAGUGCUGUGAGCAUCGGGUGAGCGCCACCGAGGACCGAGGUGGGUGGCAAUCGGCACGGUCAGGGUCCCUUGGCGUUCCGGAGUUUUCUCUGCGGUCCCGAUCCCCGGAGGAGUCCGGACCUGGCGCUGUCCAGGAUCCCUCGGAGGUCGGGGCUCCCUCUGUGCUCCGUGCCCCUCCAGCUGCCAGGUUCCCUCUGUGGUGCGGUCUUCUCUAGCCCAAGGUGCGCUCAGCGCCCCGCACCCAACCUCCGUGCACCAAGCCCGGCAGGGAGUCCGGCCCUUGUGCCCAGAGCUGCAGUGGCUGGACAUGACGGUCCCUCCUGUCCUGCUUCUCUUUCUUCUGUCCUCGGUGCGAGCCACUGAGCAACCGCGGGUCGUCACUGAGCAUCCCAGCAUGGAGGCAGCCCUGACCAACGCCUCACACUUCUGGGCCAACUACACUUUCUCUGACUGGCAGAACUUCGUGGGCAGAAGACGCUAUGGGGCCGAGUCCCAGAACCCUACAGUGAAAGCCCUGCUCAUCGUGGCCUACUCCUUCAUCAUCAUCUUCUCGCUCUUCGGCAAUGUUCUGGUCUGUCAUGUCAUCUUCAAGAACCAGCGAAUGCACUCGGCCACCAGCCUCUUCAUCGUCAACCUGGCAGUGGCGGACAUCAUGAUCACAUUGCUCAACACGCCCUUCACUUUGGUCCGCUUUGUGAACAGCACAUGGGUGUUUGGGAAGGGAAUGUGUCAUGUCAGUCGCUUUGCCCAGUACUGUUCUCUACAUGUCUCAGCACUGACCCUGACAGCUAUCGCUGUGGACCGUCACCAGGUCAUCAUGCAUCCCUUGAAGCCUCGAAUCUCCAUCACCAAGGGUGUCAUCUAUAUUGCUGUCAUCUGGGUCAUGGCUACCUUCUUCUCUCUGCCACACGCCAUCUGCCAGAAACUGUUUACCUUCAAGUACAGUGAGGACAUUGUCCGUUCCCUCUGCCUGCCGGACUUCCCAGAGCCAGCUGAUCUCUUCUGGAAGUACCUGGACCUGGCCACCUUCGUCCUUCUUUACCUACUUCCCCUUGUCAUCAUCUCAGUGGCCUAUGCUCGUGUGGCCAAGAAGCUGUGGCUCUGUAACACCAUCGGUGACGUGACCACAGAGCAGUACCUCGCCCUGCGACGCAAGAAGAAGACCACCGUGAAGAUGCUGGUGCUUGUGGUGGUCCUUUUUGCCCUCUGCUGGUUCCCCCUCAACUGCUAUGUCCUCCUCCUGUCCAGCAAGGCCAUCCACACCAACAAUGCCCUCUACUUUGCCUUCCACUGGUUUGCCAUGAGCAGCACAUGUUAUAACCCCUUCAUCUACUGCUGGCUCAAUGAGAACUUUAGGGUGGAGCUAAAGGCGUUGCUGAGCAUGUGCCAAAGGCCACCCAAGCCUCGGGAAGACAGGCUACCCUCCCCAGUUCCUUCCUUCAAGGUGGCAUGGACAGAGAAGAGCCAUGGUCGGAGGGCUCCGCUAGGUCAUCACCACCUGCCCUCUUCCCAGAUCCAGACUGGGAAGACAGAUCUGUCCUCUGUGGAACCCAUUGUGGCCAUGAGUUAGGGAAAGUGGGGGAGAGUUCUGCCCUCACAUUAUCCAGAUGCUUGCAGAGUCAGAAAGUUCCACAGAAGCAGUGAGAUGCUUGGGUUCCUAGGAACCUGUCCAUCCCCAUCUGAUUUGCAAACCUUCUAGAAGAUGACCUGAGGUGUUAUGUGUAGAUCUUUGAGCAAGCGCUCUGGAAGCCACCUCAGCUCCAACAGAGGCUGGUCCAGUCAACCACCUCCAAUUGUCUAGCAUCUGCCACCUUGCUGAGCACCCACAGCGGGGACCUGAGUCAUACUAUUGGUGGGCCUGACCCAUGUGCUCAGAAAAGAACUUCACUAGCCAGGGAGAAGAGGCACAGAAGCUUUCUGAAGUCACUGGAGCAAGUUAGUCACACAGCUUCAGUGGCCUUGGGUCGAUCCAUGACCAGACAGGACCCAUUUUGGUUUCUUAAAAUAAAGAGAAACUAGUAUCACCAUUUUGAAAAGUUCAGAAAAGUAAAGAAAUGAAUUCAGCCCAUCAAUUUGUAAACAACAACAAAAAAGUAAUGCCUGUUAAUAUGCUGUGAAUUUAUCUGCCUUCUCUCUCUGUGUGUGUACAUUUGUACUUUUAAAAUCCUGAACUACACAUGUCCUCUUAGGCUGUAAUAAUCAGCAAGAAACUGGGGUAUAUCAGAGUACUAUUGAAUUCUUCCACGAGGAAUGGGGUCCCUCAGCAGACAGAAGAGAAGAGAGAAGAGAGCAUGGUGAGGGUCGACUCUUAUCUUGUAACUAGCGAUGGGUGGGGCCUGGCCCUCUCCUAGGUGGUUACCAUCAGGACGAGCAGUACACAAGGGAACUGGGGGGUAGGAUCCCUUCCCCCAACCCCCAGGAACAAGAAGAGGUGAAUCACUGUUCUUUUUUCAUGGACAAUGAGAGACCUGCUUUCCAAUACGCGGGGAAUAAUUGCGCUUUGGCACCUCAUCUGCCCGAGCUGUCUAGACAGGGCACUUUUCUAUGUUGUCUGAAUGAUGAAAAUUUUUUUUCACACCAUUUCCUGAGAGAAGAUUUCCCUGUCUACAUCACUUGAGAAAUUCAUGUGUCAUAUUUUUUUUUUUCUCAAAACUUGCUGGCUUCUUAAAACAACUUUAAUCCUUAAAGGACCCUUUUGUCAGAGAAAUCUCAUUCCAGGUAGCCAGUGAUUUCAUCAUCUUCCGUAUGCUCAUGGUUCUCAGUGUCACCCAUUGACAGAUGUGUCAGGCAGAACGAACUCUAAUCCCCAUGCCCAGAGUGGUGAUUGCUGCUGUGUUAACUUCGGAUCUCCAUCUCCUCACAGAGCUGUCACGGAGACAAAGCAUCUUUGUGGAGCUGGGAGGGAAACUGAGGCUUGGGGGACGGGACGAGAGGCUCAUCAUUUGCUAACUGAAGCACAAGACUGAAGUCUGAUUCUCUGUAACAAACCUGGGGGGUUUCUUAAGCUACUCUAUUCAUGGGAGUGUUAGAGAAUUUCCAAGGUUAAAGAAAAAAUCAUCUACUAAACAGCAGAUUUCUAGGGAAAACUGUCUUGGAGAGGGUAGAAGGAGAUUUCCAAAUAUAAAGUGAGUUUUUGAGGCCACCGCUUCUGCAUCUGUCCUGAUCUCUGUAGCGUCAGCUGGUACCUGUGAGCUGCAUCUUUCAUGUGGCCAAGGAGAGUCAGGGUACUAACCUGAGGACAGGCAGCAGCAACACACAGUGUGUCUUCCUCAGGGGACUGUGAAAAGAGCUUCAGUCACACCUCCCUGAGGGAAGCUGGAGACAGUGCCCUGUCACAGAGUCAGCCCUUAGGUCUGCAUCUCCUGUCGGUCCUUUACCCAUGUUCCCUGUAUGCGUCUGAGCAGAUGUAACUGGUAACAGUGACUGUGGUCUUUGUGAAGCCCAAGUUUUUCCAAUAUGCUGUAAAGUGUGCUUUAUUGUAAGUCACUGUAGGCAAAAUAAAACUUCUCCUCUGUG